AUGCCACACCAACCGCGGCCCGUCUCCCCGGUCGCCUUUGAAUCAUGUAUUAUUCCAGCCACCAACUCAGAUUCAGACCCCUAUGAGCUUCUAGGAUCGGACGAUGAGUUUGACGAUAAAGCUCGCGCUAAGAAGCGCCAGCGAAUCGAGAGGCUCGCCGAGUCAUAUCUACGUGGUGGCUCAUUGUUUAUUUCCACUGCGAAACUACGGGGCCCGUUUGAUGAUGGGUGGAAGAAUCCGUGGAGAAAAGAGAGGAAGACUGUAGAUAAAUCAGAUCCUCAGUCGAGUAUGAAAUUGUCGGAGAUGAUGGAUCAGAAGGGCUCGGCUUGUAUGCAGGAAACCAACCCAGCUGAUAGGAUGAACAAGCUGCACUCGACGGUUGUUACUCGUCCUGCUUCUGCUUCUGUUAGAGAAACUGCUUCACCUCAACCUCAAUUUCAACCCCAACCGCCCCAUUCUGUCCAAUCCCGGCAAUCCGCUCUUGGAAGAUCGCCUUCCGGUGCCCGAGAUGUACCAGAGUUACCAAGGGGAUUGAGGGAAGUGUCAUCACCAGGACAUCAACAUACGAUUCUCGAAACGGGCUCGAUAGAUUGGCUGAGGAAGGAUAAAAAGCGCAUGAACUUCACGUCGUUUGACCCGCCUACCUCUCCGACGCCGACUAGUGGCCAUAGAAGGAUAGGAGAACAUCAAUCCCGUGGCAGUCGCCCGCGCUCUGUUGCACCGGUCUCGUCUCGAGGAUCUCCAGCUAAAUCCAUGUCCCAUGAUUCUGUCACUGGGAGAAAGCAGUCUACAGAUUCAAAUUCAACGGCCGCCUCCCCACUGCAGGCUAUUGGUUCACCUGCAGGCGUUCCCAUGCGGAGCCCUGCUCCUACUACUACAAGACACUCAACUGUCGCCCCAGUGAAUUCACCCGACCGCAAUGAGCAGGUAGCGUCAUUUAGAGUUGUAUCUUCAACUUCACAGCUGUCACGCUUUGAGUACAAGCGAUUGCGUAUACCAGGCUCAAGCCCACAAUUGAAGUUGCAAUCACCUGUCGAGAAAACCACCACUGCUAAUCAUUAUCCUUCUGCGUAUCCAGAGAGCAGAAUGGAUAUACCUACGCCUAUUCAUAAAGUCGACAAUACAAGUUUGGUGGAAGAGGUCAAUAAAAUAGAAGUUGAUGUGAUCACUGAAAAUGAUGCCAUGGAUUUAGAGGAAGGCCACAGAAAUCAAAGUCCCCCAGCAAACUUGUCUAAGAGUCUGCGGUUUACAGAUUAUACCCAAGGAGCUACUUCCAGAGGUGAAAAUUUGUCACCGCCGACAGAUCAUGAUACCUACGAAGAGCUCCCGUCUGCUCAGGAGAUGCCCGCUCCAUCCGGCGUGUCAUCUCGUUUACCAUCACUCCACUCGACAGCCGUGCCAAAAGAGAAUUCAAACUUGAGCACAGAUACCACUCCCAACACCCAAUUAUCCACCCAGGCUGCCCUGCUGCAUGCUCAAAGAUCCUUUCAGGAUGACCUGGACAGCCCUGUACGUGAAUACGGCACAACACCCGCCCAACUACGUGGGAUAGACGCAGGAGAAGAAUCCUUGUUGGCUCAUGAAACACCGCUGUUUCGACCUGAUACUUCAGAAAAGGCUCUUCGACGCAGUUUGGGAGAUUCUGAGGCAAGAAAGAUCCAGGCAACCAGCACGCAAUGUAUGCUUGAUGCUGCUACCCCCUAUACAUUUAGCACCGGCAAGAAGCCGAGGGCUUUUCGUUCCGUUUCGCCACAAAAACCUGGGUCAAUCAGACCAAGGGCCAUCCAUACUGCACAAUGCCCGGAAUCGUCAUCUCCACUACCAGAUAACGACCAUGCCCUUGAAGCUCGCUAUGAAAGUCCUAGUCCAGAUCGUACUCUAGCUGAUCAACCCCCUGAUCAUCAUAUGAUCACGCAUCGACAUACUACCCAAGCACCACCUCUUCCGUUUGCCUUGAGCGGAUCCACGCCAAUGACUACGCAAGAUGGACAAGGAGGACUUCAGACGGGGGACAGUUUCAAUCUCAGCCAGGCCAUCGCUGAUGCCGGUAGUUGGCUGCAGCAGAGUUUUGAUUUCAUGAAGAGUACACGAAGACCGAGUUUGAAUGAGCAGGUACCAUCCGAUGCAGCUCCUCCAUCUACUUUGAAUUUCGAUACCCCCAACUAG